AUGGCUACAAGACAAGCACAUAAGAGAUUAUCCAAGGAAUAUAAGCUUAUUAUAGAAAAUCCAACACCGUAUAUUCUAGCACGCCCCAAUGAGAACAAUAUCCUAGAAUGGCACUAUAUUAUCACAGGUCCACCUGAUACUCCUUACGUAGGAGGACAGUAUCACGGAACAUUGACAUUUCCCUCGGAUUAUCCAUUCAAGCCUCCUGCCAUUCGAAUGAUAACACCAAAUGGUAGAUUCAAGGAAAAUACUAGGUUGUGUCUUUCAAUGAGUGAUUAUCACCCUGAUCUUUGGAAUCCUGGAUGGUCAGUUGCCACAAUUUUAAAUGGGUUAUUAAGUUUCAUGACUGGAGAUGAAGCUACUACUGGUUCGAUCACCACUACAGAAUUUCAAAAGAGAACUCUUGCUAAGAAUUCUAUCCAUUAUAACACAUAUCAAAAUACAAGGUUCAAACUUGUAUUUCCUGAAGUAGUAAAGGAGAAUUUAGCUGUAUUAGAAGGGAAGGGGUCUGCUGAGAAGGAUGUCGGUAGUACGGAAUCGGAGGUUACCGAAACCUCAGCUGUGAAGGCAGUAAACAUCGAUGAGCUUGUAGACGAAACGAAUGCAAAGUCUCACUCAAAUGCCGGAGGCAAGACCGUUAAAAAGGAAUCAACUGGUGUAUCUGUAAAGGUUAUCGUUGGUGUAGCGAUCUUGGUUCUAAUUAUUGGACUCUCGUUAAGGUAA